UGCUAUUGCAUAAUCAUUUUACCGUAUAAUACCAAAAUAAUCAAAAUAAUUUUCUUUAAAUUUUCAAUGCCGAAGGUUUAACGAGAUACUUCUAGAAAAUUUUGAUAAAAAUCCAAAAGUAUACAUGGUAAAACACAAAUAUCUUUAGAAUUGAAUAAACUACAAAGGCCAGCACAAAGGGGUGAGGGGAUGGGAUGAUUGGUUUUGUGUUUGACAUCCCAUCAAUGAACUUUUAGUAAGCCAAUUAAACUCUUUUAGAAAAGUAAGUAGGCAAAUGUAGAUUUUCAGAACAGUCACUUGGUAAAUUUAAAAAAACAAGGGUUAUUUUUUCCUUUUUCUAGUCAACUAAAAUUUUAACAGCGCUCUCUAGGUGUUAUCUACUUGUGCCGGCCCUGUAAGCUACAGUAUAUUACAAUAUUUCGUUUUUAUUAUGUGCCACUUUUUUGGAUCCAAAUUAUAAAAGUUUUCAAUUCUUUGAAAAGUACGAGAAAAAAAAAACUUAAAAUGCGUUAGAGAAUUUUUGUCGGAAUUUCAUUUGACAAAAAAAGUUUGUGAUAUAAUUCCAGUUAAAAAGGUGACAGUCAAAUAAAAAAAUGUAAGUUAUCAUUUGACGAUGAAGAUGAUGAUUCCGGAAAUGAUAGUGACAAAAUAAUAAGUUUAGAUUUAAAAAAAGAAAUAAGUGGUUAUAUAAGUAAAUGAGCAAAAUGAUUUUUACUUUUGGCAUCAAAAUCAACAUGUGUUUCCAAUAUUGUAUUGGGUCGGGUGAAUAAAAAAGAGCAAUUGCUCACAAGCAAUUGCUCGGAGUAAAAGUAAAAGCUAAAAGCAAAUGCUCACCGUAAUAGCAAUUGCUCAAAAAUGUGUGAAUAAAGUUUUGCUAAUGCUCGCAAGCAAUUGCUUUUGUGUCGGAGUAAAAGCUAUAUGCCGUUGCGGAUAUAAGUAGCUUUUUUAACUUUUAAUAUUUAAAAAUGGCUUCUUCAAACCAGAUUUCAAUUGAAUCAAGUGAAAAUAAUAUAGCUAGCCAAAGUUUUAACAAAUGUGAAGAUGAAGUUUUAAUAAACAUACUGUGCGAAUUGCAAAUACUUCUACAAAAAAGCCAAGUUCCAAACGUUAAAAUAAAGAAAAACAAAGCAUUUUUAAAAAUGCAAAACCAAAUGUUCCAAGCAACAGGAACAAAAAUUGAUACAAAAACAUUGGCGAAAAAGAUUGCCAACAUAAAGACAAAGUUAAAAAAAAAGUCUGACAUCCAUCGAACUGGAAACAAGCCUAUAAAACUUUCAGCGAGUGAAGUCAAACUUGCUAAUCUUUUAGAUACAGAAAAGAAUCCUACCUUCACACAAAUUGAUGGGGCAAUAUCUGCAGGCAUAGAUCAAACUCCCACUUCAAGUGUUGCUGAAACAAAUUCUGUAUUCAGCAACUCAUCAAAAAGUCAAACUAUAUUUUUAUUGUCAUCAUCAGUUGAAUUUUCUGGUAAUGUCAAAAGUAGUUUCAGGAACACAUCUUCUCAAGCAUCGAGGUUAAUUCCAAAAAGAUUAAAACUACCUAGUAAAACUAAAAAAACUAUAAAAUGGACAAAUACAGAGCUUCAUCGUGUGGUCAUGCUGGAGCAGCUAAAAUACUAUCGGUUGAAAAGUUUAAAGUUGAAAUAUACUACUCCCCACCAUAUAAAUGAAGAGGAGAUAGAUAUUGUUGUUGACAUUAAUGUUGAUGGAAAUAAAACAUAAAAACGUGAAAAUAAAUUUUGGUUACUGUUAAAUGUACAAA